AUGACCAAAGGUGUCUACGGCCUGUUGGGCGACAGCUCGCUCUACUGCAAGAAGAGCAAUGGAAAGAAGGCGCAGCUCAAAGCAGAGUUGAGCUGGCAGCUUCCCGGCCUGCACUUGCAGUACGCAGGAGGUGGAGGUGUGCGCGAAAUCCUGCAGAUGCUGAAGCGCAGCGAUGGCUUUCAAGUGCUGGGCGUCAGCUACUUUGGGAACGAGCACGUCACGAAGCCCAUGGACCAUAAGAUCUACAAGCCGCUCUGGGAGGAGCUCUUUGAGGAGAUCCGCCAGAAAUGCGACCGCGCCGUGUUCUUCAUGGGCGGCUACUCGCAGAGGUAUGGGUACAAGCAAGUGUACGACGACAAUAUGGGCACCAUCCGCGAGUGGAUCGCUGAUGCCGGCCUAGCGGUGCGCACCGAUUUCGAGAAGGUGCGUGACUGGCCCUUGGGCGACUCGCUACAUUUCGCCGCGUCGGUCAAGGAAGAGGUGGCGAGCUACUUGCGCGACCUGCUGCUGAAUGCUCCUCCUGUCAAAAACGCAAAGCCCAGCUGCGAGAAACACGAGAAACUGCCCGCGGCGAGAAGUCCAGUGACUCCAGUGCCGGUGGUCGGCUCUGGUCGGCGGUGGGGAAGGGCGACAGCGCAGCCGGAGAAACGCAUGGUAUACAAGGAGCAACAAGUCUGGGACCCUUUCAUGAACGAAUACUUCACCGUCCUCGUGGAGGUCCCAAUCGAGAUCGUGAAGCCUCGGGAUGACAUUGCGGAGGAAGUGGCGGAGGGAUUUGCACAGAGCAAAUUCGGCGACAUCUUGGAGAAGCUGGAAGGCGUCAAGCACGCCAUCGCUGUGGAGGGGCUGACCCAAAUGGGGCAAUUCAUCUUGCACAGAGAGCUCUGCAUGAA